AUGUUCUCACUUUUUGAAAAUGUUAAAGACAAAGUUAUUGCUGCUAAGCAAUAUCUUAAAAAAGACACUCGCUCUCAUUUAGAAAUUAUUUUCGCAAAUCAGAUCCUACUCAAAAAAUAUACUAGUAAUGGGAAAGAACCAACAAUAACUGAAAUACAAGAAGAACUUCCAAAAGAAAACAUUCCUGUUUCAAACUUGGAAGAAAAUCCCAAGGAGAAUGCUAAAGAUUUAGCUAAUCUUGAUAUAAUAAUGAUGUAUACAGAAGAGGUAAUCAAGAAGAAUGAUGAAAAUAAUAACAAGCUAGAAUCUCUUCACAUUCAAGAAGAGGUAGAAAAUCAACUUUUGCUCAAUAAAGCUCCAAGAGAUAAGCUAACAAUAGAGGAUCUAGCAUGA